GUUGGCCGCCACCCCCGCCCAGGCCGACGUGGAAGUUGUGGCGGCUGACCUCGCCGGCGGGGACCGCUGGGCCCGCGGCCGGAGCCAGGGCGAGCGGAGGUGGCGGCGCCGAGGUCGCGGAGGAGUCGCUGCCGAGUGAGGCGCGGGCGGAGCGGCGCUCAUCAUGGGUGGCUUUUUCUCAAGUAUUUUUUCCAGCCUCUUUGGAACCCGGGAAAUGAGGAUUUUAAUUUUGGGAUUGGAUGGUGCAGGAAAGACCACGAUUUUGUACAGAUUGCAGGUCGGAGAAGUUGUUACGACUAUUCCUACCAUCGGCUUUAAUGUGGAGACCGUGACGUACAAAAACCUGAAAUUCCAAGUGUGGGAUUUGGGGGGACAGACGAGUAUCAGGCCGUACUGGAGAUGUUACUACUCGAACACAGAUGCGGUCAUCUAUGUGGUGGACAGCUGUGACCGGGACCGCAUUGGCAUCUCCAAGUCCGAGCUGGUGGCCAUGCUGGAGGAGGAGGAGCUGAGGAAGGCCAUCCUGGUAGUGUUUGCCAACAAGCAGGACAUGGAGCAGGCCAUGACCCCCUCGGAGAUGGCCAAUGCCCUCGGCCUGCCCGCCCUCAAGGACCGCAAAUGGCAGAUAUUCAAGACGUCGGCCACCAAAGGCACUGGCCUGGACGAGGCCAUGGAGUGGUUAGUGGAGACGCUGAAGAGCAGACAAUAACCACAGUCGUGGCUGUGGAGCGCGGCUGCGUCCCUCAUCCCUUGAGACUGCACUAGGUC